GCGUCAUUCUAGAACACGAUGCAUCAUCGCGACAUUGUGUUUGGCUCGAGGGAAUACGAGAUGGCCCUUGCUCUUCGAGAGGACGUCCUCCGCAAGCCGCUGGGGCUGCAGCUCGAUCGAAGUGAAGUGGUCGAUGAGGCAACGGAUAUUCACUUGGGCAUGUUCUCUGGCGACGAAUUGGUCGCGUAUUGCAUGCUUCGACCUGCGCAUCCAUUGGCAUGGAUGAAGCAAGUGGUCGUCAAACCUGCCAUGCAACGCCAUGGCAUCGGUCGGGUUUUGUGCAAUGCGUUCAAAGCGCGAGCGAUCAAGGAAGGCUUUCAAGCCAUCCAUUUGCAUGCGAGGGAUGCGGCUGUCCCCUUCUACCUCAAGCUCGAGUUCACGGCUGUCGGCAACGAAACGUUCACCGAGUUCGGGGAAACCCAUUGGCAUAUGCAUAUGCCAAUCGUUCAAAACCCGUAGCGUCGUCGGUAAACAUGGUAC